UGACAAAAAGCCCUGUGGUAGUAUUGGUGGUUUGUAAUUAAACAACUUCCUGGAAAUGUAAUUAUGACAUAUAUAAUAAUAAACAAAUGAUAAACAAAUGCUGUAUGUUACUGCACGUGAAAUGUUGGUGCCUGAAAUGAGAACGAAGUCUGAAGUCUUGGUGAGUAGUUUAGUUUUAUCUAUUCACUUAUUUUCUCUUAUUUGCAUUUACAGACAAAAAAAUCUUGUUGCUUUUCUUUUUUAAAAAACCCUUACAUUUAAUAAAGGCAGUUAUUUUUUGUCUCCACAUUUUGUCUGAAAGUCUUGAUAUGCUCGGACCAGAUAGUCAUCCCGCUCACCUCCAGAAAAAUCAGCCUGUGUGGUGAUUGCUUCACACAAGUGCUCAUCCAUGUUGCACAUCGAUUAAAUGGGAUUGAUAACAGGAAAAUAAUUCUGAAGACACAAAGAUUUAAAAUAUGGUUGUAAAAGACAUGCCCACCUUGUAUCUCUCCAUAUACAUCAUUGCAUUCCUGAUCGGUCUCCCUAAUGCAGUACUGGCAUUCUGCUGUUGCAUCCGCAAGAUCCGCAGUAAACCUCUCCCUAUUGACAUAAUCAUGUUGAACCUCGUGAUUUCUGACCUCUUCUUCCUCACCUUCCUCCCUGUGAAGAUGAAAGAGGCAGCAGAUAAUAUGGUCUGGAAUAUGGCAGAUAUCCUGUGUCAUCUUAAUAUGUUCCUGUUCUUAAUGCCACUUUAUGGUAGCAGCCAGUUUUUGGCGGCAAUUAGCACUGAGCGUUAUGUAUGCGUCGCUUUCCCAGUAAAAUACAAGAAUCCGAGGAGAAUCACUUAUACGAUACUAAUAUGUAUUGCUAUCUGGAUGUUCAUUUUAGUAACUGCUGUUUUUACUCACAGGGCUGCGUACGGCGGUUCUAAUAAUGACACUAACUACACAGAACCUCAACUGUGUUACACUAAUUUUACACAAGAGCAACUCCAUAAUUUGCUCAAAAUGCGACUGGCUUUUGUAGCAGUGUUUUUCUGUAUACCCCUCAUCAUUUGCUGCUUUUGUUACAUUAAUACCAUUCGUAUUUUGUUAAAGCUUCCUCUUAUUAAACGUUGUCGCAGGCUCCGGGCUAUUGGAAUGGCUCUCGGGACGCUGCUUGUGUUUGCUAUUUGUUUUGGACCUUACAACGCAUCACACAUUGUGGGCUACAUAACACAUGCAAAUCCGAAGUGGCGCAUGCACACUUUAUCUUUCAACACUUUAAAUGCAUGUUUUGAUGUUAUUAUUUUUUACUGCAUCUCUUAUGAGAUGAGAUUGGCAUUUAAAGUCUGUGCAAAAGGUUUUAUUCAGUUUUUUGUUCAUAUAAAAUGUUUUUUUAAUGUUGUUGUCAUACUUAAAUAAAUUGUACAGAACACAUAUGUAAAGAUAUAAGGCAUACUGGUCAAAAAAUGGUCACUAGUUGUCACCAUGCUGUUUCCUUUCAAAAGUACACUAUUAAGAGUGCAUAUUAGAUAUUGCAUACAUAUUGGGGCCUAUAAAUUAUACAUAUUAGUGACAGCUUGGGACCAUUUUUGACCAUUUUAGUCAAACAUAGACUUUAUACAUUUAGACACAAAGCAAAACGUAGAACCAUCUGCAAGUCUUGUUAUUUUAAAUAUGAUUUCUAUUAUGAAUGGCCACAUAAUUGUGUCAUCAAUACACACUGAAU